AUGUUUGAGUUAGCAGCAAAACCAGAACCGGAACGCAAUCCAUGCGAAGAUCAGGUUUGCGGUUGGGGUAAGGAAUGUGUUGUUGAUAAGUAUGGGGAACCGAUGUGCGAAUGUAUUUCGAAAUGUCCAUCAGUCGAUGAGGAUGAUCCAACAGUAAAAGUAUGUGCCAGCACUAACGAAACAUUCCCAUCGUUGUGUCAUUUGUAUCGAGAAAAGUGUCUGUGCAAAAAAGACAUUAAAAAAUGUGAAAAUCCAGCAAAUUCAAAAGCUCAUUUGGAGUACCUUGGCUCCUGCAAAGAACUCGAGAGAUGUACAGACGAAUUGAUGAUUCAAUUUCCAACCCGAAUGGCGGACUGGCUAUUCCAGGUAAUGCGAGAACUUAAAAAAAGGCGUGAGUUGCAUAAUUUGGAAUGGGAAGAACUGCUUGCAGAAGCAGAAAACGAUGAUGAAAAACGUCAUGUCUAUCCAGUGAUUUGGAAGUUUUGUGAUUUAGACAAAAAACCGCAUGAUAAGUAUGUUUCGCAUCACGAGUUGAUCCCAAUUACGGCACCGGUAAUCCCUAUGGAAUCAUGCAUUAAGCCGUUUUUGCAAAGCUGUGAUCUAGACGGCGAUGGUAAUAUCUCUAUUCAAGAGUGGGGCAAAUGCCUUGGAUUGAAGGAAGGUGAAAUACAAGAAAGAUGCUGA